AGCUCUUCGCCUCAUCCGCCCCUCGACAUAGAUCUUUGCGAAUUGUCAGUCUCAACCUGCCCGUUCGAUGCCUCCAGGCAAGAUUAGACAUAUCCGGAAUUUGUGACUAUUUUCUCACGAGAAUGCCUCAAUCGGAAGACGUUUUGUAUCGUCUAUUGGUUUUGGGUGAAAUUGGACACCGCUGAUGUUUCUGGAUGCGUGCAUGUCCUCCUGUGGGCCGUGACGCGGAGGGAUACAUUUCUGGAAGCGACAAUGUGGAGGCUGUUAAAAUGUCUACUUGGAAAAUGAAGUCGCUUCAAUUUCAGCAAUAUUAAGAGAAGCGGUGCAAUGCUUUUAGUUAUGGUGCGUGUCCUAGACGUCUUUUUAGUUUCGUGAAGAAGACAGCACCGAGGCGGCGGAGUGUUUCAGUCUUGGCUUUCCUCGUCUUGCUCAAGCCCACAGUCCGGAGGAGCACCGAGGGGGGAAAGGAGCCUGUCCAUAACUUUGUUUUUCUCUCACUUCUCUCGUUUAUUUCUCUUUGUUGGAUGCUACAAAGCUGAGCCAAGUGGCUUGCUGAGACUGAAAGGGCCAAAGUGAACAGCAGCAGAGAAUGACUGCAGUGGGCACAGACAAAGAGCUCAGCGACUUGCUGGAUUUUAGCGCGAUGUUUGAGCUUCCAGUUUCAAGUGGCAAGAAUCGGCCAACUACACUUGCCAGCAGUCAGUUUGGAGGUUCAGGGGUUGAUGAGAGGAAUGGGUCCACUUCCUGGGGGCCUGGAGAGCAGAACAGCCCGUCUUUCAGUCAGGGCAGGUGUUUUGGCGAAGAGGGCAUUUACAGUGCGCAAGAUGGCAUUCCACCUGGCACCGUGUUUGGCACAGGGGUUGCUGGGAAGGCUGAGAGAGGACCAUACUCAUCAUUUGCAACACAGCCGGGCUUUCUGCCCAGUGAGAUAGCCAUGCCCAGUCCUGAUGCCCUUUCACCCUCUGGUUUGAAGCCCGCAUCCCAAUUUUAUUCCUCCUAUGAGGGCAACAAUUCUCGCAGACGACCCGCACAAGAUCCCAUUGACUCACAGCCAAAAAAGAUCCGGAAGGUGCCCCCUGGCCUGCCUUCCUCUGUUUGUACCUCUGCAUCAAGCGAUGAAUUUAACAGGGACAAUGUGGGCUACUCUGCUUCCAAAGCAGGAAGCAUUUACCCACCACCCUUCUACAUGCAAGAAGGCCUCCACCCACCCUCCGAUUCAUGGGGUUCUGCUGGGUCGAUGGUCCAGCCUGCAUAUACUUCCAUGCUGGGUAACCCCCCCCAUCUCAGCCAGCAUGGUCCCUUCACUGCCAUCAACCCCCAAGACAGACUGAAACGUCAGCCGCUGCCCCUCUCACCCCAAAACUACCCCCUACAUGGCAGUGAAGUGAACGGGGCCCACCCGGCCGGCUUCCACUCUGGCUCCAACAGCUAUGGAGUUCCCAGCCACACGCCUCCUAUUGCUGCCAAUCGGGGAGCAGUACCUGGAAGUUCUGGUGACGAGAUUGGGAAAGCGCUGGCAUCUAUCUAUCCUUCAGAUCCAAACAGCAAUGGCUACUCUUCGUCCCCAUCCACCCCCUCCGGUUCUCCGCAAGCCGCAUCAGGGUCUGCUUCCCAGUGGACAAGGUCAUCUGGACAAGCUACACCUUCACCUAACUUUCAUGGGGGACUUCAGGCAAUGCCUAAUAAACUGGAGGACCGCCUUGAUGAAGCCAUUAAUGUUCUUCAACGCCAUGCCGGUGGGCAAGGAGGACUAGCUGAGAUGCAGAGUCUGCUGGCAUCUGGUUUGGGCUUACCUCCAGCUUUUAGUAGUGCAGCGCUUGGCCUUGCCAGUCGCCUGCCUGGACUGCUCUCAAGUCACCAUGAAGACUCUGCUGGCCUGCCCUCUAGUGGAGGGCUUUUGCAUGGUCACCACGGCUCCACAUCUGCCCUGCCAGGCUCCCAGACUGAUGGUUUCACCAGUGUGGCUAGCAGCCUAAAUCGUCCCACUGGUGCUGAAAUCAAACGGGAGAACAAGCAGGAUGAUGAAAACUGCUCUGUUACUGACAAGUCGGAGGAUGAGAACAAAGAGUUGAAGACUCAUCUUCGAGCAAGUCUGAAUGAGGAUGACGAUGAAGAAGAUCUACCAGUGGAGAUUAAAGCUGGGCGGGAGAAAGUGCGGAGGAUGGCUAACAAUGCCCGUGAGCGGCUCCGUGUGCGGGACAUCAACGAGGCCUUUAAGGAGCUGGGCCGCAUGUGUCAGCUCCAUCUGAACUAUGAGAAACCGCAGACCAAAUUGAACGUACUCCAACAGGCAGUUAACGUUAUACUCAACCUGGAGCAGCAAGUCAGAGAGCGAAAUCUGAAUCCAAAGGCUGCCUGCCUCAAGAGAAGAGAGGAGGAGAAAGGGUCGGGUGUGGACCCCCAGAUGCAGCUCGGCGGGGGUCACACAGGUCUCUGAAGUGAUGGACUCAACCCAAAAAAGCCAUAUGUAUUUCCAAGCCCAAUUUACAGCCGUUUGAACACGUGGCCUUAAUCUAUCAUUGUCAUGCACCUCAGUGUGUUCUUUAGAUGGCACACGCCUCAUCAGAGACUACAAAAGGGGCCACAAUGACAAACAAAAGAGUAACAAGCACACUUGUAUAGAAAGAGACAGAAAUGUGUAUUCAUCUUUACAUGUUUGACUCAAGGGCAUAAAGGUGGAGACAUACUUAUGAUCAUGUUUUUGUAAGACAUUCUUAAAAAAAAAAAAAAGAAAUAAUACUUUAUGUGUUGGGAGCAAACUUGUUUGGAUCAAAAUACCUUAAUUACAACUUUAAGCAAAGCCAGGAUUUGUAUUAUCUGGUGAAUAUGUGGCAUUCCCACCUGCAACGGAGGUCCUACAUUAUAAAUGAGCAAAGGACACCAAGGCUCAGUGGCUGAAUGCAUAGUGUUUGGUAAUAUCAGCCAUCAUUGCCAAAUGACCUCCAGCCAUCUUGGAAGCCUCUUACAGAAGGGGAUGAGACUUCUGUCUUGUCUUGUGAUCUUUUUUUUCCCCAAAUAUAUUUCUAACUCUGGCUGAUGAGGUAAUACUGGCUUGUGUGGUGUUUUUCUUUUUGUAAACUGUGGAUCUACGGGUCACUGCCAUGCAAGUGGAAUAGAAAGACUGCCAGAGGGAGCGCCACCACUGAGAAAAGACUCAAUAACUCAGUCUCCAUAUGUGGGGCUUCCGUAGAAAUUCAGCUUCUAGAUGUGGUUACUCUGCAUACACAACGUCACUAAUGUGUUCAUAUCUGCCAUUAACAUCGUCCUGGACAGGCCAGUCACAAGGAGACUUUUUUUUUCUUGUUUUACAAAUAACACGCAACAUGUUUUCCUUUGGCAACUUUCUUUCUUAGAUAUCCGUCAGACCAGAAUCGGAUAUACAGUAAUACCAAUGCGCACAAAAUACAUCCAGUCUUUUGUGACUGGACCAAUCACAAAUAUUUUCAGGACUGAGAACUUCCAAUGACAAGGUCAUUUCUCAAAAGGUGUAGUUGAAAGACAUGAAAUGGAUCAUGUGUUUUAAUCCUACCUUCAGGACAAUUAACUCAGUUGGCGCUGAUUGACUUGGAUGCUCUAUGGCAGUGCUUCUCAAAUAGUGAGGCGGGCCCCCGAGGGUGGGGGGCAGAGAGGACCUCCAAUAUUAGUGAAGACCUGCCAACAUGUAUGAAUUUGUCAUACUCGUCAUGCAGUUUGACUCUUGAAUACGCUUGUAUGGUUCACUGCUCUCCCAUUUUGUUGCAUUUUGUUGGUUUCAGUUUUGAGUUCAGUCUGUACAGCACAGAUUAAUAAAUAGAUAUUAGUUUCUCAGUAGUAUUUCAAAUCGGGGGGGGGGGGGGCAUGAAAACAUUUCUGUCCUUCAGUGGGGGCAUGACAGAAAAUAGACAACCACUGGUACAGUAUACAGUAUGGUGACCAUUUCUUGUUGUUUUCUCUUCCAUUUUGAACAAUCGCAAAGCCUCUUUGUAACAAUUUUCCAUUUGUAGAAUGAGUUAACCAGUUUUUUAUGUUUUUCUUUUCCCACUUUGUAAGAUAGUAGUUAAGAGUUGGGUUUAUACAUUUGGAAUGCUCUUUCUUUUUUGUUUACAUUGUUCAAAUUGAAGACAAACUUAUUUUUUUUUAAGACUGGGAACAAAGUGAGGUGUUUUUUGUUGUGCCAGGUGCUUGCAAAUGUUAGAAAUGACAAAUUCUGGCGGUAAUGUCACAUGUUGUGAUAACUUUCUUCCCUUUUUGUUCACCUAAAUACUCGUUUCUGUGCAAACUUGACAUUUGUAUUUGGAUUCCUUAGUUUGCGACAGGUAUUAUUUCUUUUAAUGUUUGUUUGUCUCGAUAAUGUCCAGCUCUAUAUUCCUUCAUUCAUUCAUUUGAGGUGGUGGCACAAUUCAUCUUAAUUUUAAUACAAAUUAUCAAUGUGUAAGGGUGGCCUUGGUCAUUUUCCUGACUUUGGGAGUUUUGAUAAUGGUUACUCACCAGUGCCUGAAUAAUCGGUUCCACAUUGCAUAUAAUAAAACACAUCUAAACAGAAGUAGCUCACAGAGAAUAUACGAACAUCUGAAUGAAGAAUUCAUUGAUGCUCACCAACACCCUGGUCUACAACUGGUCAAAUACUGACUGGUUUAAAUACAUUCAUAUGUAUGUACAUCUGUAUGAUAUAUCAUAUGAAAUCUUGUAAGCUGAAAUGUAACCUUAAUCAGGUUAUUUCUUCGUAUCAUUUGCAAAGUAUGCCCUAUGGAAUAGCCCCUGACUUUAUUUCCAUCUGAAAGUGAAUUUCUCUUGUGAUAGUACAGGUUACUACAAAGGACUUGUUUUUGUUUAUGUAAAUGAUUUUUUUUACAGUUGAAAGUGUAAAAAUACAAUUGUCUUUAUUAGAAGAGUUUUGUCAUCUACAGCAAAUGACUUGCUACAGCUCUUUCUGUCUUCAGAAAUAUUUGAGGGCAAUAUCUAUGUAGGCUAUGUCCUCAAAGUGCCUCCAGUUUCCUAUUUUUAUAUAUAAAGUAGAUAUUGAGAACUGUUGUGUAUAUAACAGUAAUGUAGCAAUAAAUGUGCCAU